AUGGAGUCCAGUGUGACUCGAUGGGUCCAGGUGAUUAUAACGCUGUUGGCCUGUUGGUGCGCCUCCGGAAUCGUCUUCGGUUUUGCGGCGCUGAAGCCGGUGAUGAUCAGUGAAGGCGUGUACCAAAACCUGUGCAGCGAGACGGUGUUGCCAAAGGAGGGCAACGUAUGCAGAGCGCAAGAUCUUCGCCUAAAUCUAUUCUUCAUGGUCAGCUCUAUCACGGCAAAUGUGUCCGCUCUUCCGGUCGGCACCAUCCUCGACCGCUAUGGCUCUCGAUGGUGUGGUUUUAUCGGCUGUGCAGUUUUAGCCGCUGGUAGUCUGCUCAUGGCCUUUUCUUUCUCGGGUCGCGUGGACGGGUAUAUCGCGGCAAACUUGAUGUUGGCGUUGGGGGGCACAUUCAUCUUUGUCCCAUCUUUCCGAAUCGCCAAUGCGUUCCCCAAGUAUACCGGAACGAUUGUCGCGCUUGUUACGGGGGCAUCCGAUGCAUCGGCAGCGGUUUACCUCUUCUAUCGCCUGGCGUACGAGAAGGAUCCAGUAACUUUUUCUCCGAAGCGGUUUUUCCUGGCUUACCUAGCGGUACCGGCUUGUAUUUUCAUCGCCUUGCUUACAAUAAUGCCGGCCCACGACUACCAAACCACGCAACAGUUGGAAGUCAAAAUCGAAGAGGCCGAGGACGUCACGCAGGAUGUCCAUGAUUCGGACGCCGAAAUCGAAAGCAAUUCAGAGCUGUGGCAGGUCCGGACGGACCGCGCGAAGCAUCGGAAGGAUCAACUACGCAAGAUUGACAAAGUCUUCGGUGACAAGGCUGAGCGCAAACAACGCCAGGAAUGGGAGGAAGAGCGGCAUGAAACGAGUCGGGUAUGGGGGGUCUUGCAUGGUCUACCGGCCCACGCGCAGAUGAAGACACCCUGGUUCAUCCUGAUCCUUCUCAUGACAGUCCUGCAGAUGUUGCGCAUGAAUUACUUUAUCGCGACCGUGCGAUCACAGUACGAGUUUAUGCUACGAUCAGUACGGCAGGCGGAAAUGAUCAACGACUUCUUUGAUGUUGCGUUGCCCGUAGGGGGUGUGCUUUUCACGCCCGUCAUCGGGCUUUUGCUCGAUAAUUUCAGUGUGCCGGCUACAUUGGCAAUGAUCGUGCUCCUGACCACGAGUACUGGCGCGUUGAAUUCUGUUCCCACCGUGUGGACGGGCUAUCUGACCGUCAUCCUCUUCGUUCUUUUAAGGCCAUACUACUACUCGGCAAUGUCUGACUACGCGACCAAAGUCUUUGGCUUCGGAACCUUUGGCAGAGUCUACGGAACAAUUAUCUGCUUUUCCGGUCUCGUCAACUUCGCCCAAUACUUGUUGGACUACUUAACGCACGGCCCGUUCCACGGCAACCCGAUCCCAAUUAAUAUCUUCCUUGCCACGGCUGGCCUGAUCGUGGGUGCAGCCCUGGUGGCUUUUGUAUAUAUUGCGGAGAAAAGAUGGAGGGAAGAGAAGGCAGAAUACGACGAAGAACGGCAGAGACUGAUUCCGGAAGAGGAGGAAGAGGAAGCUUGA